GAGACAGACUGAAUUAGUCCAAACAAAAAGACCUCCUGAAAUAACUCAUGGACUGUGCUAAGAUCAUGCUUGGUAAACAGAAAUCAGUGAACCAAAAUUGGUGGGUUGGAAACUAGGCCUAAUUGGUGGACAAAAUAAUGAGAUGGGCUAUUCCAACCAUCAUUCCUUUGUGAAUCCUUAAAGAAGGAGACUUUGGGGAGAAAAAUUGGCUACUGGAGCAAACUGCAACAUCAUGGCUGCCAUGCCCACUGUCUCCUGAGAUGCCAGGCCUUCAUCAUCCUGAUCCUGAGAGAAAUCCUGACUAGACUGAGCAGAAAGAGGGACCCAAAUGCUGAGAAAUGCAAGCUCGGCAGGGAUGACUGGAAGCCAGCAAGCAACCUGCAUCCAGAAUGCCUCAGAUAUGCCAGAGACUAUUACCAGUCGGGACGCUGCUCGCUUUCCCAUUGUCGCCAGUUGCACCCUCUUCGGACUCUACCUCUUCUUCAAAAUCUUCUCUCAAGAAUAUAUCAACCUGUUGCUCUCCAUGUAUUUCUUUGUCUUGGGGAUCCUAGCCCUGUCUCACACCAUCAGCCCCAUCAUGAACAAAUUCUUCCCAGCUAACUUCCCCAGCAAACAGUACCAGCUUCUCUUCACACAGGGCUCAGGGGAAAACAAGGAAGAAAUAGUGAAUUAUGAGUUUGAUUCCAAGGACCUUGUGUGCUUGGCCAUGAGCAGCGUCGUUGGAGUCUGGUACCUCCUGAGGAAGCACUGGAUUGCAAACAAUCUCUUUGGACUGGCGUUCUCUCUCAACGGCGUGGAGCUCCUGCAUUUGAACAACGUCAGCACUGGGUGCAUCCUGCUUGGGGGCCUCUUCAUCUACGAUGUGUUCUGGGUUUUUGGCACCAACGUGAUGGUGACUGUUGCCAAAUCAUUUGAGGCACCAAUAAAACUGGUUUUCCCCCAGGAUCUGCUGGAGAAGGGGCUGGAGGCUGACAACUUUGCCAUGUUGGGUCUUGGAGAUGUCGUAAUUCCAGGGAUCUUCAUUGCUCUGCUGCUGCGUUUUGACAUCAGUUUAAAGAAGAACACGCACACGUACUUCUACACCAGCUUUGUGGCAUACAUCUUUGGACUGGGCCUGACCAUCUUCAUCAUGCACAUCUUCAAACAUGCCCAGCCAGCCCUGCUGUACCUGGUCCCUGCCUGCAUUGGGUUCCCUCUCCUCGUGGCCUUGGUGAAGGGAGAAAUAACCGAAAUGUUCAGCUAUGAAUCCUCUGCUGAAAUCUUGCCACACACACCAAGACUUACCCACUUCCCAACCGUGUCGGGUUCUCCGGCCAGCCUUGCCGAUUCCAUGCAGCAGAAACUGUCCUGUCCCCGCCGACGCCGGCAGCAAAGCCCCAGCGCCAUGUAGCAAUCGCACCCGAUGCCCUUUCUUUGUCUAUCUCUGUCUCUGGCCAGCUAUGAGGAGAAUUCCAUGCCAAAGGAGGAGCCUGGGGACUCCAAAGACGCAAGGAUGGAAACGGAUAAAAAAGAGAAGUGACCUUGCACGUCUGGGCCAGGAUGGGCGUGUCGGGACCAGGCCAGGUUGGGAUCCAGGCGCCAUCGCAAGGGAUAAAGAGAAAAAGACCAAUUGUGUAUCAGCAUCGUGGGGGGGGUGUGUGUGUGUGUGUCGGGAUGGGAGAAUCUCUGUAAGCCACAUCUCUGUCUGAAGUCCUUCUGCCAUCCCGCCGUUCCACCUGGGGCCUGUCCACGGCCACACAGUGCUUUGGGCAGCCACGCUCCCUUCUUUGAUUUCAUGUUUUUGUCAUCUCCAAAAAGGGGAGGGGGAAAACCAAGGGGCUGGUUUUUAAAUUUUGUAUUGUGGAUUCGCUUUCUCUCUCAUUAAACCAUCUCAAAGGA